GCGAACACGAGACGGAAUCCCAACAGUUAUUGACUGUUCGGCCGAUGUACAACACGAACGCCUUGAGAGUAGUAACGACAUUACCAACAGCCGAAACAAUGACGGCCAUCACCACUUCGCUGCCGCGAUGCAAGGUAUCCAUGCAUUGACGAGCGAUCUUUACGAAGAAGCAUUGAGGCUCAAGACCAAAUCAAAGCAGAGAAGGAAGGAUAAGUCUAGGAAACAAAUUAUCACACAGGGAAGCGUCCGUACUCCGUGGAAGGUCGGUCGUCAGACUGUGAAAAUAAAGUCGCAAAACCUCUUACAAAAGAUUGAACAAUUGCCGAAGCCUUGGAUCGAGAGUCACUGCAAAGAGCUGGAGGCAGCUUUGACAUCUGCAAAACUUAUAGGUCCAAUAUCCCAGUUCUAUGGGGCUGUUGUGACUGGAGUAUCACUGUUGUCCCAAAUGGAUCCGGACCUGCAAUGGGGAUCGUUUGGUCGGAUUGCUGCAUGCCGAGACCUUCAAACCCGGGGCCAGGCUAUCCAAGACGUCCUUGAACAAAGCGAGCUUGCAGUACACGAGACAGCGAAUAGCCUGGUUUGGGUAAGCAAAAUGCUGGCCAGCAGUACGCGUAUCAUUCGACGAAAGCUAGACACGACCUACACAGAGACCGGCAGCCUGGACGAGGAGAAUCAAGUCAGACGAAGGGAUAGAGGAGCUGAAACUAUCCACCAAGUCGUCAAUCAAAUGUACCCUGAACAGCGUGGAAAUGCAUUCCUGGUCUACAGAGCGCUUGAGAUGCAAGGUGCCGAAGCUUCAGCAAGCGCUCGGGUGGCCAAGGAGCAUAUAUCGGCGUUUGUUCCAUCUGUUGUAACUCGCUUGAAUUCGGAGGACUGGGCUUCCGUCCACGAUACGGUCAGAAUAUUCCACUGUCCUGCAGUGCUAAGUUGGGCUCUGUGUCUAAGGUUUGCAUCCCUUUCUUGUUUCGCCGUUAGCUAUGCUAAAGUGACAAGUUACGAGGAAACCUGCAAGCACCUUGGAUUGAACAACUUUGCACAUAGCGAUCCUGGGAUAGCGACGCACCUUGAUGGAAUUGCAGAAAGGUUUAUUAAACUAAACAAAGAAUCACCGACAUUGCCUAGAGAGCAGAUACUUGCGGAGAAGAUGGCUCUGGAGACCGAAGCCGACGCUGUAAUGAGAGUACCGUUAGGAAGGCUCCGCACCAUCUGUACCGUUGAAGAGCAGGUCACGAGAAGUUCCAGUGCAAAUUACUGUACGCGCCAAAAGCCUGAUGAGAUGGCCACACAAGAAGGUGAUCCCUUCGCUUCUUGCUUCUCGCUAUCCGGUGGUGACGCAGAGCGAUGGUUCGACGACGCCGUCGAGAACGCCACAGUAGCUGGAUU